UGCUCGUGUUUGCCUCACCCUGGCACUAAAUUUAGAGCUGCAGCUCUGGAUCUGUUAACGUAUGGUGUAAAAAUAGCAAGAAGGGGGGAAGCCUGCUUGCCCUGAGCAGAUACACAGGACACACUAGGUGUAAGCUGAUAAAAGUUAACUACAGAAACAGACUGAAGACAGAGAGUGAUAAACAGACAGACAGACAGGUACCUUUGUAGCUACUUUAAAGAUUAAGCCACCUUAAUGUAUACUUGGUUACAGCAGGAGAUGUAAACAGACAGAAAGACAGACUGAGAGAAAGACAUCAGGAAACAGGAUGUUGUCAAAAAAGGAGGAGCGGAGAUCGUUCAGCAACGGGCCGCUGAGAGACCAAUGGGAGAAGAGAGCUCAGAGCUUGGCGGACCAGUGCAAACAGGAGGCUGAAUGGAAGGAGAAAAGUGAGAAAAAAAUAUCUUACUCAAAGUGGAAUUAUCACUGGUCACUUGUUUCCAAGGGAGAAUUCAAGAAGGUUACCAGCGGCACAAAUGAAGACGAAAAAAACAAGCCCAAAAUCAAAUUCAAAGUUGUCCCCCCUCCUCCCAAACCCAAACCUGAGCCUCCUCCACCGCCACCUCCCAAGAAAGAAGCUGCUCCCCAACCCCAUAGGCUGAAACGCAAAGUUGAGGUGGAUGUGUUUCGGCUUUGUUGGAGGGAGUCCUGGAUGAGCAUGAAGCCUCCAAAGUACCUUUACCUCAAGGCCAAAGAGUCAAAAGCCAGAAUCCCAGGAUUCACAACCAUAGAGCUGACUAACAACAGGAAGUACCAACCAAAGGAGUACGGAUCAGAGACUGAAUGGGUGUCUCCUGCUGUGAAAUGGCGUAAUUCCUGGAAACAGGUGAAGAGUCCAGCACAGUUGGAGUGCUCUGAGGAGAAAGAAUUCCAGUGGAAGAUUUUGUUUGAAAGGAAACAGUUUCGUAAAGCUGAGAUAGAAAAUUAUUCUCUUCCUGUCUGGGCUGGUACUUGGAAGUGGAUAAACUUUCCUUUCAGACAGCAGAAACAGAAGUGGGAUCGCACCUGGCCUGAUUACGAACUAAACCUCAGCGACAAGUUUGACGAAGUACAAGAACUAGAGGAGCAGGACGAGCCCUUGGACUGGGAGGAAUCGUGGAAACUGUCCGGGGCAGAACUGGAACCAAUAGACUCCACAGAUGAUGAUAUAAUAACUACAAGCUUCUUCAGCACUGAAACCACAGUGAUGAUGAGGAUAAACAACGUGUUCCUGCCUGGGUGGAGUGACUCAUGGCUGCUCUCUGCUGCUCCUCUGGAGGAAGCAGAAGAGCGCCACAAGAACUGGAGCUCCUGCUGGGGAUAUAGGCAACAGAUCAGGUGGUGUGAGGCUUCACUGGAGUCCCAUCAUCGACACAGCGCCAUGCUGACGAGGAGACGCAACACCCUGAACCUCCUCCUCACAGCCCAGCUAGAAGAUGAGAUCCCCGAUAGCACAGAGUGGACGGAGGCCUGGAGGACUCCUAAACAAUGGAUCCAAUCAGAAGAGGUUGAACUGGACAAGACCCAGGAGGAGGGUGAAGUGGAGGAGAUGAUGGAUGACACAGAGGAGGAAGAAGAGGAAGACGAGGAGGAGGAAGAGGAGAUGGAUGACAAAGAGGAGGAGGUGGAACAAGAGGACGUGGAUGAGGGAGUGGAAAAUGAGGAGGAUGAAGGUGUAGAAGAGGAAGACAAAGAAAUUAAUAAGAAGGAUGAGGAGGUUGAAGAAGGUGAGGAGGAGGAAGAUGAAGGAGUCGAUGAGGACGAAGAAGAGGACGAAGAGGUCGACAGCAAGGAGAAGGACAAAGAAGUAAACGAGGACGAAGCAGUGAUAAAGAAGAAGAAGGACAGAGAAUUGGAUAAGGAGAAGGAAAGCGAGGAAGAAGAAGAAGAGGAGGAGGAGAAUGACGAGGAGGAGGAUGUAAAGGAGAAGAAUGGAAACAAUGAAGUGCAUAAAGAGGAGGGCAAAGAACAUGAGGAGGAGAGAGGCAAACAUGUACACAAGGAGCAGGAGGACAAAAACAUAAACCAAAAUGGUGAGGAAGAUGAAGAGGAGGAGGAGGACAAAGAAGUAGAUGAGGAGGACACAGAAGCAAAACAAAAAGACAAGAACGAUGAAGUAGAUAACGAGGAGGAAGAAAAAGACGAGAAUAAGCACAAAAAUGUAGAUGAGGAGGAGGAGGAGGAAGACAAACAAAGUGAUGAGGAAGAGGAGGAGGAGGAGAAUAAAGAAGUACAUGAGGAAAAGGACAAAAUAGCAAACAAAAAGUACCAGGAAGAUGUUGUAGACAAAGAAGAGAAAGACAAAGAAGUUGAGGAGGAGGAGGAGGAGGAGGAAGAGGAGGAGGAAGAGGACGAGAAUGAGGAAUAUGUGGAAGUACAGGAGGAGGAGGAAGAAGAUGAGGAGUAUGAGGACACACAGGAGGAGAAGGACAAAAUAGCAAAAAAGAAGGACUGGCAAGAUAAAGUAGACAAGGAGAAGGAGGACAAAGAAAAAGACGAGAACAAAGACAAAAAUGUAGAGGAAGACGAGGAGGAGGAGGAUGAAGACGAGGAGGAGGAGGAUGAAGACGAAGAGAAAGAGUUUGAGAUAGAAUGGGCAGAGAAAAAAGAGGAGAAAGAAAAAGCAGGCAAGAAAGGGGACAAAGUAAACAAGGUGGUGAAAAGUAAAGAAGUAGAUGAAGAGGAGGAUAGUGUAGAAGAAGAAGAGGAUGAUGAAGAUGAAGCAGAUGAAGACCACGAAAGAGAAGAAGACACCAAAAAAGAGAUGGACAAUAAAAUAAAUGAAGAGGAAGAAGACAUAGUAAAUGAGAAGGAUAGAAAGGAUGAAAAUGUCAAAGAAGUGGUCAAUGAGGAGGAUGAAGAAGCAGACGAGGAGGAUGAAGAAGUAGAUGAGGAGGAUAAAAAGGAAAAAGAAGUGGAAAAUGAGGAGGAGGAAGAGGAGGAGGAGGAGGAGAAGGACGACGACGAGGGUGUAGAUGAGGAGGACAAGGAUGACAAAGCAAAGGAGGACCAAAAAGAUGAAAAGAACAAAGUGGACAAUGAGGAGGACGAAGAUGUAGAUGAGGAGGACCAGGAUGAAGUUGUAGACAAGGAGGAAGACGAUGACAAAGCAGAGGAGGAGGACAAAAAGGAUGAAAAGGACAGAGGGGACAAUGAGGAGGAAGAGGAUGAAGAAAUAGACGAGGAGGAGGAGGACGAAGAAGCAGAUGAGGAGGACGAGGAUGACAAAGCAAAGGAGGAUAAAAAAGAUGAAAAGGACAAAGAAAUGGACAAUGAGGUGGAUGAAGAAGCAGAUGAGGAGGAUGAGGAUGAAGACGAGGAGGACGAGGAUGAAGACGAGGAGGACGAAGAUGAAGAUGUAGAGGAGGAGGAGGAGGAUACUGACAAAGAAGACGCUCAAGUAGAGGAGAUGGCAGCAAAAACAGAGGAUGACCACGAAAAAGUAGACAAGAAAGACGAGGACAACACAGUAGUAAAGAAAAAGAAACGAAUCAAUUGCAAACCUGACGUCCCACUCCAUCUGCAGUUCCACAAAAUCAAUGCCUCCUUCUCCUCCUGGAAGCAGUCGUGGAUGGUGGCAGUGGCUCACAGAGGAGGAGAUGAAGGUGAGGAAGAUGAGGAGGAGGGGGAGGAAGAGGAGGAGUGGCGAGCUUGGAAAGAGUCGUGGAGGAUAUGUCGGUGGAAGAGGCCGGAUAAGGACGAGGUGGCGUGUUUCUCCACCAAGAACCGGAGUCAGAGGUACAUGGGAUUGAUGCAUGAAGAACAAGGUAUGCCGAAGGGUGAAUGGACUCUGAGCUGGAAGAUGACCAAGACUGCAGCAAAGGAUGUAGGCACUGAAGAAGAAGAAGAAGAAGAAGAAGAAGAGGAGGAGGAGGAGGAGGAAGAAGAAGAAGAAGAAGCAGAGAAAAGUUAAAGUUUUCUAAAAGCUAAAGGUUAUGAGUUGCGAAGUACAUUGUCAUUUUAAAAAUGACGGCGCCUAGGGAAGUCAGAGGGUCUGGGUCAAACCUUAAGACUUGGUACUCAAUGUGUCCGUAGAACCAUAAACUGGCAUCGACUAGUCUUUGAGCAGAUGGGUCCUGAUUUCAGUCCAAAUUUAGCUAAUUUAAGAUUGGACGACGUGCUUAUAUGUCUACCUGUGUUUAGACCAACGACAGGUUACUUGUUAAUUUAUUACAUAUUACCUAAGGUAAAAAGUAAUUUACUUUAAUAAUUUUACUUACUUACUCAUUACUCAAGAGAACAACAUUGCAGUUUAACAAGCAGUCACCUACAGUUUUACUGACCAUCCAGCAGCUAGCUUAACCCCAGUGACUGCAAAUGGCUAUGGUGCGUGCAUAAGCGCAUACAUGUGCAUGUGCAUGAGUGUGUGGUACACCCUCCUGGUUCGGCGGUUUGAAAAUAUGGUCGUCCUACUGUAGUAGGUAUGUGAAUGUAGGCAUACCCAUGGGUAAAGUUAGCAAGCCAGCUAAAGACACACAACAUGUAAAUAAGCUAACUUUAGGAGAACAAUUUUCUCCUCUUUUGGUAGAAGAACCACCUUCCCCUACCUCAAACCCCUUCGCCAUGCUAGCAGCUAGGUCCUGGACCGAUAUCCUCCAUAUAAUUCCUGGUAAGACAGUGACAAAGCUCAAAAGUAGUACCAGAGCGUUACUUAGAUUAGUAAUGGAGUUAUGGAAUUUCAAAUUGUAAUGCCUUACACUGCUUGUCAUCUCGUCACAGUUAAGAAACUUCCUGUUGCAACUUUGUCUCACCAUACUUAGCAAAGUUGUACAGUUUCCCUUUUUGUUCUUUUAUAAAAUGUAAAGAAGGAACUAUUUCUUAAAGCACUAUGUUGUUUUUCAUAUAGAAAGCAAGGUAUCAUACCACCACCGCCAUUUACCACCAAACAAGGACACAUCACUUUUGCGGGCAGUUUUUUUGUGUUCUUACAACUUAAACAUUUUUAACGCUUAACACUCCUAUUCCGCUGUUGAAAACACAACCUCCAGUUCCAUUUGAGGCAGCAACACUUAUAAGUUGAAUGAAACUGUUUAAAGUGUAAAAUAAUUAUUAAUUAUUAAUAAUAACUAUCACACAAGGAGGUGUCCUCAUAGAAAAGGUAAUAUUGUUGUCUCUAUGUGGGCUAGUCUGUUCUGUCUCUUUUACCAUUGUAGCUGGUUCCCCUGAACUAUCCUCUAUUGCUAGAAAGGUAGUGUUUGUAGCAAAGAAACACAAACACUGUUAAAGUGAAGCUGAUAACAGAAAAUGUCCCAAAAAACCACAAAGACGCAUUUUGAGAUUGAUGUUUGACGGCUUAAUGAAUCCAAACAACAGACAACCAAAAAAUUGUAAAUUUAGCAAACACAUUUCUACCCAUCAACCAAACAGUGAGCAUGUUGUCACACAUUCUUGAGCACAUGAGGUAGUGACAGUCUGGGAAUAUAACGCACUUUAAGAGGAGGAAUUUGUUUAAAUGUAUAGAAAGUGUAAUAUGAAGAAAUGUCACGUUCAGUGGUGUAGAUGUGUAAGAUGAUGAAGAGCCAGUGUACAGUACAGUGAUGUGUAUCUUUACUGCAUUGUUGUAAAGAUAAUGUAUAAAAUAAAGCUGCAUUUAUUAAAGUUAUGAACCAUAUUUGUAAAACAAA